UGAAGGUCAUUUAUCCCUCGGAGUUAAUUUUGCAAUGGGAGUGUCUGACCAUUGAAUUGUGCAGGUUGCAGAGGCUCUGCCCCUUGGUGAUGCAUCUGUGGAUGCUGUAGUGGCCACACUUGUCCUAUGUUCUGUCAAAGAUGUUGACUUGGCGCUGCAAGUAAUUGUUUUCAGAGAUUAUGAGGGUGCUAAAGCCAGGUGGGCUCUGUGUGUUUGUGGAACACGUAGCAGCAGAAGAUGGAACAAUUCGGAGAUUUUUCCAAGGGAUUCUUGAUCCUUUGCAGCAGUUUGUUGCUGAUGGCUGUCACUUCACUAGAAAAACUGGAGAAGUUAUUGCUAAAGCGGUCUUCUCAUCUGUUGAACUUCAGCGGGCAUUUGUGUCUUCUGCCUCAAUAGCAAAUCCUCAGGUUUAUGGGAUAGCUCGCAAGUAGCCUAGAUUAAUGUUAUGCCACAUAAAAUAUUCCUGCUGCAAACCUUGGAAUAAUUAUUUGAAUACUGAGUGUGUCUAGUGUAUUUGGAUAGAGUAUCAUUUGAAAUAUUAUUUAAAAUAAUUAAUGUAGCACUUUUUGUGAUGUG